CAUCAGUUUAUUUUGCAAUAACACAAAGAUAAACUUGAAAUUGGCAUUCUUCGCAGGCGAGUAAGCAAAAUGAAGUGAUGAUGCCUAAUCAAGAACACACUACUCUGCGACUUGACAUAGUAUUUUUGGGAAGAACAACUGCUGCACAAACCUGUCUUCGAAAGGUAGGCGUGUUUGUGUAUUUACAGUGUAACAUGUAAUCAAAUCAAGUACAUCAUUUUCACGUGUUUAAUGGUUUUGGUGACGGUGAUCACUACGACCUGUGUAGCAACUAUGUAAGUCUCUACAGUAACUGUUUUACUGCAAAUUGCUGAUUUUAGUAAAGAACUUCAGUAUUUGUACGACGUUGUUUACAUGCCACUGGUUGUUUCGUGAGUUACUUGAUUUAAAUGAUAACAUGUUUCUUUAUGAUGGUGAAACAUUAGAUUUUGGAUAGUUUUAUGUGGAUUAUUGUGAUAAGCUCCUUAAAAGUGGUGACAGGCGGUGGAACCUGGGAUUUGGAUUUCUCUCUAUUUUGGAACUGGUGGGCUAGAUUUAACUGCAUUCUCAGUAAUUACUGGUGUUCCCUCUAACCCUUGAACCAAGUGUCGAUCGCUUACACAUGAUAGACACUUCUUGUAUCACGGGUAUCAAUCAUUAUUUUUUCGAUGCAAGUUUGUAUUUCCCGUUGAUUGAGACAGUUGGAGUGAAAUGUUUGAUCAGCGUUGACCUGUCUGCUGGUUAAUGGAUGCUUCGUCAGUGUUAGGGGAUAAAUACGUUAUUCGGUAAGUGGUGGAUGGAAAAUGAGAGCUACGGUCAAAUGGAAUCGCCCAACUGUGACUACAAAAUUAUUUUCAACUAGCAGACAGUUACUUGAUUUAAAAUUUUUAGCUAGAUGGAGUAUCAUAAGUUGUUUUGUUAUUAUUUCAUGAACGGUUACAACUGGAAGUAGCUGGAACAAAUUUUGCUUCGACUGAAACAGCACUGCUUUGAUGAUUGAACACUAGUCAUCGCCACAGCGUUUAGUUCUCUCUAAAACAUUGAUGCAUAAUGUUAUUGAUUUUCCAUAACUAACUAUUUCUUUUAUUUUGCUUUUUCAGUGUACUCGGUGCAGUGCUCUUGUUAGUGCUUUCCAUUAAUGAGAAAGUUAGAGAGACUUUUCCACUGAAUGACGUACUGAUCUCACUUUCGGUCUUGUUAUGGUCUAUUGCAUUACCUGCUAUCACCAAAUCCAUGGGACUUUUAAUUUUUGCACCAUGGGUUAUUGCAAUCAUCCUAGCUGUGGUGACACUGAUAAUUGGAUACAAAACUGUGAAACGGAGUGCGAAAGUGAGCAUCAUACUACUGAGCGUCGCUGGUGGAAUCACAGUGUUGGGCAUCUCUGUGCUAAUUGCUUUGAAAAUUGCUCAGCGUGAACUAAUUGCAGUUAUUCUGUUUGGCAUAUUUUUGGCUUUCGCUGUACUCAUAGUUUUAUAUCUCACUGGACAAGACAAGUUAAAAACCAAGUAUGGACAAAAGAAAAAGAAAUUAAAAACGGACAGUCUUUGGUAUGGUAUGACCAAAAGUUUUCUUAUUGUCACAUAA